UAAGGUUUUACGACUUGUAGGAGCAAAGUUUGAUGACAGAAAACAUUGGUUUAUAUCUCAGAGAUUUAGAAACGGUCACAUAAUCUUGUAUUAAUAAAGAACAACCUAAGAUGGACCCUGCAAUGUCGAAACUGAUUAUUGGACUCGCUGUCAACAUAAGUCGUAGUGAUGGGAGAAUACACAGUGCCACUGUGAAAACUGUCAAUCUAGCCAAGUCCACGGUGAGUGUGGAAUGGACUGAGAAUGGCAUGUCCAAAGGAAAAGAGGUUGACCAGGAUGAACUUGAGCAACUCAAUACCGAACUUAUGCAACACCUUCAACCAUGCCGUCCGGAGGAGCCUGCCCCUGUUGCUGCACCUGUGAUGAAAAUUGCAAAAAAUUUCAGAGCAUCAGAGCUUCCCUUAAGGUCAUCAAGAAUACCUGCUCCAUCAGAACCUGCUCCUCAGGGUGGUCCAUCUGAAGAGCCAGCUUUAAGAAGGAUGACAACACGGCAGACGUGCUUUUUCCGACAGCCUGCACCUCCGCCUGUGAUCACGGCAAUGGCUGCAGAGGAUGUUCUCUCUCAAGACCUUCCUUCAUCUACUAUCCCGAAGCCUUCAGGCUACCAGAGGAGACUUGUUUCAAAGCCAGCCUCUCCUCUGCUACCUACUGCCGAAGCUACUUGUGAGAGUGAGGCUUCCAAAUGUGCCCCCAUGGGGCCACCAAGCCAUCGCAUGUCUCAGGUCACAGAAAUGAACAAAGUCGCAAACAAAAGGCUGUCACUAGCAAAAAACCCUGAAUCACAGAAGAGAGGGAAGUUUGGAGAUACAAGUCGCCCUAAUAAGCAGUUUUACCAGAUGAUUGAGGAAUAUAGAGAGACCGUGGAGAAAGUGCCCAUGUCUUUGUCUUAUCCUGUCAAACCUCACAGAAUUUGUGUCUGUGUUCGCAAACGUCCUCUGAAUAAAAAAGAGCUGGCCAAGAAAGAGAUUGAUGUGGUCACAAUCCCUGGUAAUGGAGCCUUACUCUUGCAUGAGCCCAAGCAGAAAGUGGACCUGACCAAGUACCUAGAGAAUCAGACUUUCCAUUUUGAUUACUCGUUCGAUGAAGAUGCCACCAAUGACUUGGUUUAUAGGUUCACUGCUAAACCUCUGGUUAAGACCGUUUUCGAUGGUGGUAUGGCAACGUGCUUUGCAUAUGGCCAAACAGGCAGUGGAAAGACCCAUACAAUGGGUGGAGACUUUGCUGGAAAGAGUCAAAACAGCUCUAAAGGGAUCUAUGCCCUUGCAGCACAGGAUGUAUUUACUCUCCUGAGGCAAAAGCGAUAUGCUGAUAUGGACCUUUGCCCCUAUGUCAGCUUUUUUGAAAUCUACAAUGGCAAGGUGUUUGACUUGCUGAAUAAGAAAGAAAUGUUGCGUGUUUUGGAGGAUGAAAAACAGCAGGUCAAUGUUGUUGGCCUGCAGGAGGUGCCCGUAUCAUCUGUUGAUGAUGUCAUCAAGAUGAUUGAGCGGGGAAGUGCAUGCAGAACGUCUGGCCAGACGUUUGCCAAUGCCAGCUCAUCACGUUCACAUGCGGUCUUGCAAGUAGUCUUGAGGCGGCGACAUUUUCUCCAUGGGAAGUUCUCUCUGGUGGACCUUGCUGGGAAUGAGCGUGGCACUGAUGUCAGUAGUAACGACCGGAGCACCAUAGUGGAGACGGCAGAGAUCAACCGCAGCCUGCUGGCAUUGAAGGAAUGUAUCCGGUCUCUUGGUCAGAACAGCGAGCACAUCCCGUUCAGGAUGAGCAAACUCACCCAGGUGCUUCGAGACUCUUUCAUUGGAGAGAACUCCAGAACCUGUAUGAUUGCAAUGAUCUCACCAGGCAUGGGCUCUUGUGAAUACACUCUAAACACACUACGUUAUGCAAACCGAGUAAAAGAACUGAAUGGAAUGUCUAAGGGUGCUUCAUUGGAGAAUGGCACAAGCCUGGAGCUUUCUGUGGAGGAAGAAGACUCCUCACUGGAGGAGCCUGUUCUCCCAGCAUUUGAAGCCAUAUCCCAAGUGUCUGAAAUGGAGGAGAGGUUUCAUGAGGAACUUGGGGGGUGCAGUGAGGUUGCCAGGUCUAUGGAAUGUCCCUCAUUUGAUAUUGUGGCAAAUUUACCAGAGAUUGAUGCAUUCAUGAAGAAACUGCAAGAGUCUUACCAGGCUUUGAGAUCAGCUAUUGAAGCGGAACAGAGGGUCAGGAUGUCAUCCAAACUAAUCUAAGAUGAGAUCCAGCUGAGACCAAUGGCAAAUAAAUCUCUUUAAAAACAGAAGCAAUUUCACUUUGUUCUUUUAAUAAUCUUAUCUAGCUGAAGACAUAUCUGUGUUUUGUGUAAGUUUUAAUGUAUUUUGUUUUCUAAAUAAAGGCUCCUUCAUCUUGGAUCUUUUCUUAAAACAAAUUUUGAUUUGUGUCCUGGUUUUCAAGGCCAUCUUCAUUAAGCAUCCAACCCAUGUAUCUCAUUUAUGUGCAUUUGGAAUGGAUUUAGUAUUUCCAUACAGUUUAACGUUUUUCAUGUCUCCAUUUUUACCCUAAUGACGUCAAAGUGGACAGUUAGAGGAGGUGGUCUGACCUGCGAGCUCUGCCUCAUACCACCACCAGCCUUGACCCCCAAACCUCCACUAUACACAAGCCACAACCAUGCAGGCAGGAGCUGACACAUGACAAAUUAAAGGUCCAAUAAAAAGCUCUCAUCAAACAGUUUAUCCCAAAGAAUGAAAAUAAACAAAAUCGGCCUGCAAGUGGGUGGCCCAACAUCUUUGUGUGAGGCCUAGAAGCUCAAUUGCUUCCUCUGAGCUCUCUGGGUGGCAUUUCCCAACCUCCCCACCCCCAGCUGUUUACCCCAUACACUGUAAAUGAGUGCAGGAGUGUUAAAUGUAGUGUUUCCCAUGUUGUGCAAUAUAAUUUGAAUAUGUAUUUCGUUUUAGCACUACAAUUAGAUGUUGAAAACCACAGCUAGCUUAUUUAGAACAAGAUAGUUCAUUGGUUACUGCAACAGAAUAGAAUAGAUUUUACCAACAAGUUUGUCUCCGUUUGCUUGUUCAUUGAUUAAUAUCUUGGCAUGAGAUUGCGUUGUUUGAAAUGAGCUGGGCUGUGUUUCCCAAAAGCAUUGAAAGCCUAAGUAGAUCGUAGAAAUCACUGGUGCCAAUGAUCAACUUAAGUUGCAAUUCUUUUGUGAAAUGCAGCCCUGUGUAGUUGGACAGACUUUUAACGUGUGUGUGUGUGGUUAAAAAAAACAAUGCCAAAUGUUCUGGAUUAUAAUCUCUCUGAAUGUUAAUUUUCACAUGUUGUGGUGGGC